AUGGAACGACACAGGAGGCUUGCGAGCUUAAUCGACGUUUAUUUUAACGCAACUAAUAAAUAGAUGCCGACUUCAGUAUGACAAUCGUCUGAGCAAGUUAAUACAGACAAAAUGCUGGUUUCACGUGGUCAGACGCAUUUGAAAUUGGUGCCGAUUGUUGGUAGUUGUCGACACAUUUAUAGUAUCAAUCCUAACGCAUUUGGUCCAUUGACAAAUCUUCCCGAUUACACAUAUGUGGAUGGCCGUCUUACACCUAUAGGGAUGAAUAUGAUGCGGCGUCUGGAAAGGCAAAAAAGUGCUGCCCAAGAGAUGGUUGAGAAAAUUCGAGAGGUCGAUUUCGCCAAGCAGAGAUAUGCAAAAAUGCAACAAUCUGAACAGGAGCGCAGACAACAACUUAUUUCUAGUAAAUUGAAACCUAAAGGAGCUUUAUUGUUAAAAAGUGAUACUGGAUUCACGUCGACGUAGUUAAUUAAUUUAGAAAUUAUUCACAACUAUGUAUAUUGGCAAAAAUUGUAUAGAACUUGAAUGUCUUACUGUUAUUAGAAUGUUAAAAAGUA